GUCUAUUAAAGCCAAGCCUGCAAUAUUAAUAACUCCACAAACAUCCCUUGUCUGUCUUUUUUUUUUUUUUCUUCAUAUCCUUCUUUGUUUCCAUGGGUACAGAAGGCAGUACUUUGAAGGUAUUAAUGUUUCCAUGGUUGGCUCAUGGACACAUCUCUCCUUAUUUAACUGUAUCCAAGAAACUUGCAGACAGAGGAUUGUAUGUCUAUCUUUGUUCUACACCGGUUAAUCUCAAUCUUAUCAAGAAAAGAAUCCCUCAAAAGUAUUCUCGGUCAAUUCAGCUAGUUGAACUCCAUCUACCAGAGUUGCCUGAGCUUCCUCCUAAUUACCAUACAACUAAUGGCCUCCCACCCCAUCUCAACGCCACACUCAAAAGGGCCGCCAAAAUGUCCAAACCUGAAUUUUCAAAAAUCUUGGAAGACUUGAAACCUGAUUUGCUAAUCCACGAUGUAGUACAACCAUGGGCUAAGGAAGUUGCCAAUUCACACAACAUUCCAGCAAUCCCACUCAUAACUUUUGGUGCAGCUGUUAUUUCAUACUUUAUGCAUCAAAUGAAAAGGCCAGGGAUCGAGUUCCCUUUCCCAGCUAUUUAUUUGAGGAAACUAGAACGACAACGAUUGCAAGAAAUGAUGAAAAAUGUUGCUAAAGAUAAGGAUCCUGAUGAUGAUGAGGACCCUUUCGCUGAAGACCCUACGAGAAUCAUAUUGCUGAUGAGUUCCUCAGCAACCGAGGCCAAAUACAUCGAUUAUCUGACCGAAUUGACCCAAUCAAAAUAUGUUUCAGUUGGUCCUCCUGUUCAAGAACCCAUGAAUGAGGAUGAUGGGGAUAUGGACCUCAUCGAUUGGCUAGGAAAGAAAGAUGAGCAUUCAACUGUAUUUGUCUCCUUUGGGAGCGAGUAUUUCUUGACUAAGGAAGACUUGGAAGAGAUAGCUUAUGGAUUAGAGCUUAGCAAUAUUAAUUUCAUAUGGGUUGUAAGGUUUCCAAAGGGGGAAGAAGUCAAGCUUGAAGAAGCACUACCACAAGGUUUUCUUGAAAGAAUUGAAAACAGGGGAAGGGUUGUGAGUGGAUGGGCACCACAACCAAGAAUCCUAAGCCAUCCAAGUACUGGAGGAUUUGUAAGUCAUUGUGGUUGGAAUUCUGUGAUGGAAAGCAUAGAUUUUGGUGUGCCAAUCAUACCCAUGCCCAUGCACUUGGAUCAGCCAUUUAAUGCUAGGUUAAUGGUAGAACUUGGAGUAGCUGUGGAGAUUAAUAGAGAUGCUGAAGGGAAGGUUCACAGAGAAGAGGUAGCACAAGUUAUCAAAAGUGUAAUUUGUGAGGAAACAGGGAAAAUUUUGAGAGAGAAAGUUAAGGACAUUAGUGAGAAUUUGAAGUCCAUAAGACAAGAAGAGAUGGAUGUCGUCGUUGAAGAGCUAAUACAACUUUGCGAAAAUAGCAAUUGCAUUAAUUCUUCAAGCUAGUAUUUGCAAAUAGGAUCAGUAAAUUAACGUGCGCUCUCUAUCUCUCUUUGAAAAUCAGAAGCAUUAAUUUUAUUGCAAGUUAUUUUAU